GCGGUUAGUCCCCGCAAUCGGCGUGUAAACACUAAAAAUCCCGACAUCCGAUAAUUAUACAUACUUUUUUCGCACUUCCGAGUUGCGACCUACCUACCCGUUUUUGGGCUUUAGCCGCUGUUUUUUGUUUGUCCUCUUCGAUACGAUUCCAUCCGAGUUCAACGGCCGUAAUUCGUCGUUUUUCCGAACGAGCGUUUGUCGUACUCCUUUAUAAAUUCCGUUUUGGUAAUAACGAUGGUCUGCAACAUCACUGUCAACUGAGCCGUCCGACCGCGUCAGUCGGCCCCGCCACCGGACAGGAAUCGCGUCCCGCAGGAGUCGUUGGGUUAGGUACCUAAUGCGGCUGCAGGUGUGUUUGAAGCCAGUCUGAACUACUGACAGUCAUCAUUCCCCGUGCCUUUGCCCCCAAAUGUCCAAGAUGUAUGAUUCAAACAGCGACUUGGAUCGACAGAUUGAACAACUCAAGAGGUGUGAAAUCAUCCAGGAGCAUGAAGUGAAAGCAUUGUGCGCCAAAGCACGAGAAAUACUCAUCGAAGAAAGCAAUGUACAGCGUGUUGACUCUCCUGUCACUGUAUGUGGUGAUAUUCAUGGGCAGUUCUAUGAUUUAAAAGAAUUGUUUAAAGUUGGUGGAGACGUUCCUGAAAGAAAUUAUUUAUUCAUGGGUGAUUUUGUCGACCGAGGAUUCUUUAGUGUUGAGACAUUUUUACUUCUACUUGCUCUAAAAGUAAGAUAUCCUGAUCGAAUAACCUUAAUACGGGGUAACCACGAAUCACGACAAAUAACUCAAGUUUAUGGUUUUUAUGACGAAUGUCUACGAAAAUACAAUAGUGUUGCUGUAUGGCGUUAUUGUACCGAAAUUUUUGAUUACCUGAGCUUAUCUGCUAUUAUUGAUGGAAAAAUAUUCUGUGUGCAUGGUGGAUUGUCGCCUUCAAUUCAAACAUUGGAUCAAAUUAGAACUAUUGAUAGAAAACAAGAAGUUCCCCAUGAUGGACCUAUGUGUGAUUUAUUAUGGUCUGAUCCUGAAAAUACUCAGGGAUGGGGUGUGAGUCCUCGGGGUGCUGGAUACCUAUUUGGUUCUGAUGUUGUCUCCCAGUUUAAUACUACAAAUGAUAUAGAUAUUAUUUGUCGAGCUCAUCAACUAGUCAUGGAAGGAUAUAAAUGGCAUUUUGAUGAAACCGUGCUUACUGUUUGGUCAGCACCCAACUAUUGUUAUCGAUGUGGUAACGUUGCGGCAAUAUUGGAACUCAGUGAAACACUUCAAAGAGAUUUUACAAUAUUUGAGGCAGCACCACAAGAAAACCGAGGAAUGCCAACAAAAAAACACGCAGCUGACUAUUUCCUUUAAUUGUACUCUGGUUCUUAAUGUAUUUAAAUUUAGUUCACAAAGCAUAAAGGAGGAAUGGACAAUUUCACAAAUUUGAAUUAAUUGUAUUUGAAAGAAUACUGACAAUAUAAUUAUGUAAUUUUUUUAAAGUAAAAAUACUUGUUCAUAA